GCCAUCGAUAAAUCGGCCAAAAAUAAACGCAGGGAAAAGCGGCGACGAAGUGAAACCUGCGCACGAGCGCUUGAUGAUGACAGGGAUCAACGACCUACAGCAGCCUGCCUGUUGCCGCGUGUCACCACGACCUGCCUGGCCUGCCUGUUGCCACGUGUCACCACGACCUGCCUGGCCUGCCUGUUGCCGCGUGUCACCACGAGUUGCCUGGCCUGCCUGUUGCCGCGUGUCACCACGAGUUGCCUAGCCCGUCUGUUGCCGCGUGUCACCACGACCUGCACCAGCCUGCCUGUUGCCGCGUGUCACCACGACCUGCCUGGCCUGCCUGUUGCCGCGUGUCACCAUGAGUUGCCUGGCCUGCCUGUUGCCACGUGUCACCACGACCUGCCUGGCCUGCCUGUUGCCACGUGUCACCACGCGCUGCCUGGCCUGCCUGUUGCCGCGUGUCACCACGACCUGCCUGGCCUGCCUGUUGCCGCGUGUCACCACGACCUGCCUGGCCUGCCUGUUGCCGCGUGUCACCACGACCUGCCUGGCCUGCUUGUUGCCGCGUGUCACCACGAGCUGCCUGGCCUGCCUGUUGCCGCGUGUCACCACGAGUUGCCUGGCCUGCCUGUUGCCGCGUGUCACCACGAGUUGCCUGGCCUGCCUGUUGCCGCGUGUCACCACGAUCUGCCUGGCCUGCCUGUUGCCGCGUGGAAAUUUUUCAAUGCUUCAUCCCGUAAAACAGGAACAAAAUUUGUUUUCUCUGCUCAUUUGAUUGCUCCAAUUAAUCUAUGA